AUGUCAAGUUCUGAGGACGAAGAUUGUGCUGGCAAACCAAAAAGACCAAAGACAGAUUUUUUUAAAAACCAAGAGCCACUGAGAGAUAGAUCAGAUAAAUCAGAUGACGAAGAUUUUGCUGUUGGCCUAAAUAUCCUGCCUGACAUCGAUAGAUUUGAAUCCCCAAUAGAACCAGGCAAUAACAAUAAUUUCAAUAUAAGCACUCCUACCACUCAAAAAUCUCUACCGGUACAUAGCCCUGUUACACCACAACCCCUUCAAAGGCCUACAUCUCAUAUCUUGGAUGAUCAAGCAUGGAAGAAGUCUGUAACCAAAACGCUUGCUGUGUUGAAAGUCAACCAAAACAUAAUCAAAGAACUGUUAGAGAGCCUGAUAACCAAACAAAGUAGUACCGGUAACCGAACAGUAACAGAAAAUGAUGAAGACAUGGAUUUAUCAGCCAUUUUGGGAAAUUUUCCACUUGAAACUUCACAAGAUCUAGAGGAUGUUGAAGAGAAACUCAAGGAAAAAGUCAUUUUUGACCUUAUGGUGAAACAUUUCUCUAUAGUCGGUGGGGAAAACACAAAAGAAGCAGUGAAAAGGCUGCUUCGAAGAAUGUUCAGUGACGAAUUGGCCAAAAAUUACAGCUACCUUGGAUUUAAGAAGAAGCGCGUCUUUGCUGAUCUUCGCCUAAAAUCAGUAUUAUUUGGAACAAACGGGGCAAUAUUGUUACAGAAGCCAAUCAACCUCAAGACUCAACCAAAGAAUAGUUGUUAAGCAUUACCCUCAAGACUCAACCAAAGAAUAGUUAGUUGUUAAGCAAUUUUGAUGCCAUAAGUGUCUUAACUAAUUUUUUUUUAAUGCAGUGAAACCUUAAUAACAGGACUCCUGAUCCCGUGAUAAAAGGUAUAAUUUUCAAAUUCGAAGUCGACCUCAAAAACUUUAUUUAAUAAUUCACUAUGAUAGUCUUAUUAUCAGGGUUAUACUGUUCUAAGUAGCUUCUUUACAAUUACCAUAAAACAUAAUUUAUGUUGUUUUAAAACAAAACCCAAGGUAACAGAUAGGUUAACCUUAACAUUUUACUUAGUUACCAAUGAAUCUUCUAAACAUGCCUAAACAAAGAAUGAAAAAAUUUAAGGAUAUGUCCAAAGGCAUUUGUUCAAUCAAGUAAAACAAGAAGAACAAAAUUUUCAAUAUGCUAUAUGUAAUGAUGAAUCACUUAACUUGGAGAGUCCUUCUACUUCACAGUCAAAUAGUGUAUUAAAGUUGCGAA